AUGGCUGAAGCAAGGGUGGGGCGUCUGAGGACGGGCAGCCUCUGCGACUUGGAUUAUCUGCAGUACGAAGAUGUUUUUAACGACACAUCCAAGGUCAGAUGAUGGAGAGAAAGUUUCAUUCAGUUUCUCAAUGUUUAUAAUGACUUAAAUCUUUUGCUGCAGGAUUAUUUUCGUUGUUUAUAUUUUUUGUAGCAAAGGCCUGGCGUGCAUAGAAAGCCAUUUUGAAACAGUUUAUUUUCAAGGUCCAGCUGACUGCAGUGGCAGCCAUUUUCUGAGAUUUUUGGCUCACUGUAAUGAUAAUCCAGGGCUGGUUCAGUCGGUUCUUUUCCCUCUCGUUCAACAUUUGGUCAAUGUAGUCCCAUUUUUGCGAUCCAUAAAGGUUAAAGAGGCUUUAAGUGCUGCGUGGAAGACAGUGAUAGAAUUUAACCUUCAGUUUUCAUCCUUGAAUUUAGGAUGGGAAAGAGUUAGCACAGGCUUUAUACAUAAAUAUGACUAUAAGGUUUGUACCAUCCUCAUGAAUCAGACAAUGAUGAGCUCAAAAGGCAUAAAAGAUUCAUUCAAAUGUUUGUGUGUUUUAAAAAAAAGUAGAUCCAUCUACUUAGUUUGUGCCCUCACAUCCAGUAUUUGCCUGUUGCAGUCUAAGCGGAUGUCAAGUGCUGUAUUUUAUUUAUGCCCUUGUUUAUUUGGUCGUCUUUGCUCCAUGAUCCUUUGCUGGAAAUCUACAGAUUGGCAGUGAGGGUGAUUAGCAGUGAACAACUAGGUAAGGAUGUUUACUCUCUCUUAGGAUUGACUGGACUUAAAUUUAGAAACCAACACCUAGACACGGUAUCCUUUGACCUGUUACUCAACGCGUGGAUCAAUCCACCGCAGUGCAGUGCCUCUCCAGUUCAGCUGCAUCACUGCAUCAGCGCUGACAUUUUUUAAGACUAAACGCUCCUCUUCUUCUUUUUUUUCUCCUCUACUCACACAUCUAUGCUUCUGUCACCUUCUCUCUCUCCAGGCUGUUGUUUCUGCUCUCCUCAAGGAGGGUCUAGUUUGCAUAGUUUUGCUUCCUCACAGGCUGGCCUGGGUUAUUGGGGUGAUAAUGACUCCUGUUCUGUGUAUGGCACUGGUAGAAUUCACUGUGAGAGCUCACUAUCAGUGAAUUACCAUAGGGCCAUAAACAGAGCAGAGAAAGAACCACUUGAUGAUGAGGAUGAGGAUGAUGAUGGUGCCCGUUCAUGGGAGCUUAAACUGGCUCUGCUCUUCCUCUUCUUUGCUGUGGUGUGCUUGUGGGUGGGGUGA